AUGAGGCUCGUUCACCUGCGUCCAACCGCGAAUCUGGGCCCCCGCACACGAAUCCGUUCCUCGCUUUCCCACCUCCGCUUCCUCCUCUACCCCGGCCUCCGCGCCCGCUUCUCAAAUCGCCUCUACAAGCUCGUCACAUACGCUAACAGCAGACUCCGCCCCCGUGGGCCCGUCCGCCCUUCUCUCUCACAGAGCUUUGUCAAGCGUGGCCAUCUCAAGUGGCGUAACGAUCACUGGGAACGGACCACCUGUCUGCGGACUCGAGCAGCCCACCGACAUACCGAGACCACGGGCGGCGCGAUGCAGGCCUCUGGGGACGCGGGAAAUACCUGGGGGAGCUAUUAUAGGUCGUUUACUGGUGGUGGGGACCCAGGGGACAGAGAGCCGGGUACUAGGAGAAAGAGGAUUGCGGGUUACUUGAAGGCUGCCAAUGAUUUGAGGCAGAGCUAUUACUCGGGGUAUGCGAAUCGGGCUAGCGAGAUGGAGGGCGAGUAUAACAGUGGUGCGGACCAGUCGUCGGGCUCGUGGCCGGAUAUGGAGGUUACAAGGAGCGGCGAUGAGGAGCUUGUGCUGUUCCCGAGCUAUGCUAGACGGCGGCCGGAUGAGGACAAUGUGGUUGAUGUGGAGAUCCGAGGCUGGCUAUUUGCCCCGCACUCGGGCCCUCUGAGCCGGAAGAACCGAUACCUCCACUGGGUCGCCCUCAAGCUUUGUGGACUGCCUGCGCAGGCUUCUACUCAGCCCGGGGAGCCCGACAGGGACCCCACAGCUGCAGAGGCGGAGGCUGCGGGGGAUGCUGCCGCAGCUAUCGAAAAGAAUGGCAGACCCCCGUCUCUCUAUUCGUCCGACAGUAGGAUGGAGACUCUGUCCAGGACCAACUCCGCACCCAUGAGUGUGGCCGCAGCAGCAGCAGCAGCAAGGACGCUGUCCUGGCGCCCAGCCUUGGUGACUAGCGCAAGCACCCAAUCAUUGCCGCAGGUACCGCAACUGGACCCCGCCGAGGUCGCAUCUGCGCAUGCUGCGCUUGCUGCACGUCUCGCGCCCUUCAUGCAUCGUCCCAUCCCCAAUGCUCGUAUCACCAUAACCUUCAGCGACGAGUCCUCGGAAUCCUCGCAGUCAUUCACCGUACUCACCUCUGAGACCGGCCACUUCUCCUUCCAAGAGGAUCUUCCCUUCAUCCCUACCACUGUCCGCGUCAUUGCCUCUGAAAAGAUCUCGGCAACUGAGGAUGUCAUCAUUCAUGAGCCGACCGGAAUAUCGCUGAUAUCGGACAUUGACGAUACGGUAAAGCAUUCAGCCGUGUCCAUGGGUGCGCGCGAGAUAUUUCGAAACACCUUCACGGAGCCCUUAUCGAAGCUUAGCAUCCCCGGUGUUUCAGGCUGGUACAAGAGGCUAUCCCAGGAGCCGUAUAACGUCAAUUUCCACUAUGUGUCAAACUCGCCAUGGCAGCUAUACCCAGUGCUCAAGUCAUUCUUUGAAGAGUCUGGGCUCCCGCCUGGCAGUAUGCAUCUCAAAGAAUAUAGUGGCAUGCUUCAAGGCAUCUUCGAACCCGUGGCCGAGCGCAAAAAGGGCACGGUGGAGCGGGUGAUUCGAGACUUUCCGCAGCGCCAGUGGAUCCUGGUGGGGGAUUCUGGCGAGGCAGAUCUGGAAGUCUAUACCGAGAUCGUCGAAAAGUUCCCGGGUAGGAUCCUGGCGGUUUUUAUCCGGGACGUCACAACAACACCGGCACCCGACGAAAAGGAAUUCUUCAAUCCAAACGAAUCACCCGAGUACGCCAAGGCAAUGCAGGAAUGGGCAGAGGCAAAAGCAGCCAGUGUGAAACAGCCAAAGAUCCCCCCGCCAAUACCUCCAAAGCGCAAAUCCGUCAACCACACAGCUACCACCCAAAACCAGCCAGAAGAACACUCCCGAGAAACAUCAGUGGAAGGGGCCAAGACACCCCCUCCCAGGCCUCCCAAGCCCUCAAGCCUCCGGGACACCAUGACGGCACCAGCUGCCAAGUCAUCCUCCACCACCGACCUCCUCUGUACCCGAAACUCCCCACCGCCGCCCCCGCCGCCACGACGCACGGCGACUUUCUCGCCCAGUGAGACCCCCAGUACGGUGACACCGGCGCCUGGAAAACUCCAACACCCUGCCACCACUGCUUCCUCGUCGCCCGCACCGAUUACGCCGAACCAGCAGCAGCAACAGGCGCAGCAGGAGGUGCUGCUGAGUAAACGCGAAGAGCUGUGGAACCGUCGCUGGGAACGGGCUUUGAUGAUUAUGGGGCACUACGACGUUCAGUUGCAUAGUUGGAGGACGGGCGGGGAUGUAGAGGCCAUGUGUAGAGCCAUUGUGGAGAAGGCCCUGUGGGAGUAA